AGCUUUCUGAAGUUGCUCUCUUGGGUGUUCUCUAUUGUGGUGUUUGGCUCCAUUGUCAAUGAAGGGUACGUGAACCGCCGGAACGAGGCGGAAGAGUACUGCAUUUUCAACCGCAAUCACAAUGCCUGCAACUAUGGCAUUACCGUGGGUGUCCUCGCCUUCCUCAGCUGCCUUCUUUACCUGGCUCUGGAUGCCUACUUCCCGCAGAUCAGCAGCGUCAAGGACCGCAAGAAGGCAGUGCUCUCGGACAUCGGAGUCUCGGCCUUUUGGGCAUUCCUCUGGUUUGUUGGCUUCUGCUUUCUGACCAACCAGUGGCAAGCUUCAAAAAAAGAGGACAACCCACUGAAUGAGGGAGGGGAUGCAGCCCGAGCAGCCAUCACGUUCUCGUUCUUCUCCAUCUUCACCUGGGGCUUUCUCGCAGUUCUGGCUUUCCGGAAACUCAAAGACAUUAAUUUUCAGGAGGAAUACAACACCCUGUUCCCUAACUCCCCAUCCUUGCUGCCUUAUGGUGAACCCUAUGCCCAGGCUCCCCCAGUCCACCAAAAGCAGCCCCCUCCAGCAGAUGCUUUCGACACCGAGACACAGGGGUACCAAACGCAGAACUACUGA